AUGUCAGUGGAUAUCAGAAAAGAGCUUCAUACUGGCGAAGCGCGAGCGACUAAGCGCAGACGCCAGAGUGACACUAGGAGACGCACCUCUCUCGCUUGUGAUACAUGUCGCAAGCAAAAAGAAAAAUGCGAAGGUGGUCAACCCUGCUGGCGAUGUCAACGAUUAGAUCGACCAUGCCUAUUCUCUGCACAAUCCGCACCUCGAAAACAAAGCUUCUCAGCGCAGGAUAUAUCUGAUCAAGGUCCAGGAAGUCCAGGGAAAAUUGGCUGCCAUCAACAGAAUUUGGAACAUAUCGUGCGGCAUUUUCUUGGAGAUGUUGCUCUAGACGAGGAGAAUGUCGCACGGAUCGCAGCAAAAUGUACUGCAGAGACAGAGGAGAUGGAAAGCUCCCUUAAUGUUAAUGAAGAGUCUUUUGAUGUUCAUUUUGUCUCCAGGGACGUCGCAUUCUAUUCGGGCGAGUUUUCUCACUGGAAUUUUUCAGAGAAAUUGCGCCGAAACAUGAGAUGUCAUCGAAAUACAGCAGAUUCAACAGUCAAGGAAUAUUGGCGAGCCACCCAUCUCCAAUCUUCAGUUCAUGUCAUCACCGAAGCGAUAACACACCUACCGCCGAGACAAAUUGCUGAGUUUCUUGUGGGGAUCUUUUUCAAAUACACAGAGGUCAAUUCCUUCUAUGCUGAGCGAUCAUGGAUUCAAAUGAAGCUCACUAUCUGUUACAAAUAUGCCACUGAAUAUACCACUGGUGAUAUUCCGUGGGUAUGCUCAAUCUUCGCUAUAUUGGCAAUAGGGACGCAAAUGGCCCACAUGGAGGAGCACAAAUCACGUCCCGAUUCAAGUAUCCCCGAAGAUGUUGCUGCUUGCUCUGAGGACUCCAUCGGGCUUGAAUUUUAUCGUGUGGCAUGUAGGCUAGUUCCUGAUGUCAUUCUAGCCGCCUCGUACGAAAGCGUGCAAGCUUUUCUUCUUCUAGCAACGUAUGCUCUACCAGUCUCCACUGGUGGUCUAUCUUAUACAUAUUUUGGGUUGGCGAUGAAGAUGGCAAUUCAGAAUGGCAUGCACAGAAGGUAUAUUGGUCACGAUUGUGAUACCAGGACUCUCGAACUAAGGAAUCGGCUUUUCUGGACUGUUUAUACCAUUGAAAGGCGAACGAGCAUUAUGCAUGGACGACCCGCUUCAAUUGCGCGAUCCGAGAUCAGCGCCGAUCUACCCACGAACUCACCUACUUUUGAUUCUCCUAAUUUUCGAAACAUGAUAGCAUUCAUUGAUCUGGUAUCAUGGACAGGGGAUGUGGCUGAAAUUCUUGCUCAAUUUAAAAAAUGUCCAAGACGAUUGCUUGUAGAAUAUUCGACCCGGCUCAUGCAAUUAAAAUCAAAGAUAGCACAGUGGUGGAACUCGCUUCCUGCAAACAUCGAAUGUCGAGAUUGGAACCCCCGUGGACCUCUAUUUCGCCCUAACUGUCAUCUGAAGCUAUGCUACCUCAGCAUAUACAUUUACAUGGGUCGCCCGUUCAUAUUCAAUUCCAAUAUCCAGGAUACCUCCUCUGAAGGGAGUCCCAGUCAAAGCUCUCGAAAUGUGAGUCAGGCACAGCGCUCCGAGCUAGUCAGUGACUGCGUGAAAAGUGCAUUGGAGAUCCUCGCAACAUUAGAAUCUCUCUCCAGUAACGCCGGUUUAUGUCGCGCUUCAUAUACAGAGUUCAGUUCGUGCAGAGCAGCCCUUCUCGUUAUACUAGCCCAGGUUAUCAAUUCGGGAAUGUCUUCAGAACUCCAAAGUGGCCUAGACUGUGGUAUGAUUCUCAUUCGGCAAAUGACGGGUGGAACGUCUUCUCAAUCCGAAAUAUCGUACAUUGAGUCUAUUGAAGCAGCAAUUCGGCAGCUUUCGUCAAAUACCGAAUCAGACAAUCAAGUUUCAGCUUUACCGUCGGGCUCUGAAUCCGCUUAUGCAAAAUUCAAAGACUGGACUCAGUCGAUGAAGAAAGAUAAAGGCUUUGGAAGUACAGUGGAGCUAGCAUCUUUUAGUCCGAUGUCGAACCUGACAUCUGGUGCUGAGAGCACACUUGAUUCGAAUUUUCAUGAUUUGAAUGACCUUUUUAAUUCAGACUGGGUAUCUAAUGACCUUAAUCUGGAUCCAGAGGUUUUCUUAAAUCCACAAACAUGA